AUGCUCAUCCUGUCCGCGUUCAUCGCCACUUUUGUCUCUGCCGCUGUUGCCGCUCCGUCUCUUGGGUCCUCCCACAAGAUCAAAGAGAGGAUUCAACCGCCUCGCGGAUGGGUCCGGCUUGAGCGGGUCCCAAGUCACAGCGUCAUCCCGCUUCGCUUUGCGCUUCCGCAACGUAACUUUGCUGAGCUCGAAAGACACCUAUACGAGAUCAGUGAUCCGGACCACGAACGUUAUGGCGCACACCUAUCCAAGGAGGAGGUUGAAGAACUUAUUGCACCUCAUCCCGAUAGUCUCACCGCUGUGAACAGCUGGCUUGUUUCCCAUGGUAUACCUGAAACGGAAUGCACCCGUUCACCGGCACAGGACUGGGUGGGUGUGAACGUCCCGGUCGCUCUCGCGGAGAAGAUGCUUGAUACGGAAUUCCAUGCUUGGAGGCAUAUCGAAACCGGCGACGAGGUCGUCCGCACGACCACUUACUCUUUGCCAGAGGAUCUCCACAACCACAUCGAACUUGUCCACCCUACGACGUACUUCAGCACUUCACGCGCACAGAAGGCGAUGUUCUUGCUCAACGACGAACAGCCCGUCGCGGUACCAGCAAAUGCUCCAAGGAUCAAGGUACCUGGGUCAGACGUGACUGUUGAUCCGAGCUGCAAUAGCACCAUCACCGUUAAUUGCAUUAAGGAGCUCUACAAUGCCGUUGGUAUUGAACCAUCUGCAACGAACGGCAACGAGGUGGCGGUGACGGGGUACCUCGGGCAAAAUGCCAACAUCCAGGACCUACAGACCUUUUACUCGCAACAAGUCCCUCAAGCGGUCAACUCGUCCUUCAAGAGUGUCCUUAUCAAUGGUGGAGUCAACAACCAGACACUCGACGAGGCUGGUGCGGAGGCCAACCUCGAUACGCAGUUUGCCUUCGGUAUCAGCUUCCCAACACCCGCUACCUUCUUCAGCACAGGUGGACAGCCGCCGUUCAUCCCGGACUCUGGCACUCCCACCGACACCAACGAGCCUUACACAGCUUGGCUAGACUUUGUGCUCGCGCAACGCAAGGUUCCCCAGACUAUCAGCACUAGUUAUGGAGAUGAUGAGCAAACAGUACCUCGAGCAUUUGCGAACCGUGUCUGUGCCGGCUUUGCUCAACUCGGGGCCCGAGGGACGUCUCUCAUGUUCUCCAGUGGCGAUGGUGGAGUAGGCGAUGGCGAUUCAAACCCUGCGACACAGUCAUGCUUCACUAACGACGGCAGAAACGCUACGCGCUUUAUCCCUGGAUUCCCGGCCUCCUGCCCAUUCGUCACUGCGGUUGGCGCCACGCAACAUGUUCCCGAGGUCGCCGUAUCCCGUUUCUUCUCCGGCGGAGGAUUCAGUGACUUUUUCUCGCGUCCAUCAUACCAGGAUGACGUUGUACCGGCAUACCUUGCCACCCUUCCAAAUGGCACGUUUAAGGGUUUGUUCAAUCCUAACGGCCGCGCAAUCCCGGACGUAUCUGCUCAAGGCGACUUUCUCGCUGUUGUCAUUGGCGGUGAGAAUGCCUUGAUCGGGGGCACUUCCGCCAGCUCGCCUACUUUUGCUGGCAUCAUCUCGCUUGUCAACGAUGCGCGUCUGAGUAAAGGUCUUCCGUCCCUCGGGUUUCUCAACCCACUCAUCUACAAAGCUCAAAUAUCUGCGACCUUCAACGAUAUCACUGUCGGACACAACAGCGGGUGCGGUACCACUGGUUUCAACACUUCAAUCGGAUGGGACCCUGUUACUGGCUUUAGAGUAUUUUCCGAAAUGUAUGUAGGAAUACAUGGAGACAAAUGUACAAAUGCGAGGGAACCGCCAUGA